GUCGAAGUGGAAGGGGGGAGAAACGUUGUUCAGUCAGGUAUAGAGAGUGGAUAGAGCGGCGUAUGACAGACGAACGAAUAUACGGACAGGCGGACGUGCCUGAGAAGCAGCAAGAAACCGAGGAACUAGAGUCAAAGCAAAAUAUUGAAAAAUGCUCGUGCUUUCGAAGUGGGUAAAGCGUGUAAAAUGAAAAGCAAUGGAAAUCAGUACGGCCUGUGCAUUAGUUGAAGAAGGUUGGGCAUGUACAUGUCACACGUUUCGGUAUUGAAGCUCUUUUAUCUAAGAGAUGUUUCUGAAGUAUAAGUUUGCUAAAUAAUAGUGUCGGAUAGAAUUUUGUGCAGUAAAUUAUUGGAAGAACAAAGAUCAAUGCUGGGCAAGAAACAUUUCACCAAACCUCAGUUAGUGUCAGUGAGAAUUCCUAGGAAAUCAGUGAACACUGAAACUUUAUAAACUAAAUCUGACAGCUAAUACAGUGGUGAAGUUCUUGAAUAAAGACCUACGAGUGAAUUGGAGUGAUAGUAAUAUAUAUAUUAAUAAUUGAAUGCAAUCUUGGGAUUUGAAGACGAAUAUCUAGAGUAUCAGUUUCAUGAAGUUUUGUUGAAAGUGGAGGAAAAAUGUUCAAAUUAUCAGACUUAGAAGCAAGAAAAUUUCACAUUGGCCAGUAGAAAAUGUGGACAGAGACAAAAGUUAUACCCACAAUGGGUGUUCAAACAGCGAAUCCAGCUGCUACUAAACGUAAAUAUGAGUUAAUACCCGCGACUCCAGAAGAAUCUAAUGAUUUAUACAUGAAUUCAUGUUCGCCGAAUAAAACAAGCCGAUGGUCAGCAUCUGAUAUACCCUCAUUACCGCCUCCCGGUACAACAGCGACGACAGUACCGCUUUCUACCAUUGCAGCACAAACUACUGUUCCGCAAGCGCUUCAAACGUCGACAACGAUAUCAAAUACGACUCCGCAAAAUACAAAUUCGAUACCGAAUUCAAAUUUAGCGGAAGCUAGUUCACCAGCUACAACACCUGUGUUGUCAACUGCUUCGACGACACCUUCAUCUGGGAACUGUGAUGAUAGUAUUGCAAAAUUAGAAGUAGUAGCGACGGUACCAUGCACGGAGCCAUGGAACACGGAACCUAUAGUUGAUAGUAUAUCAAAACUGCAAGCAGUAACUGUACCUGGUGACACGUGGGGCGGAGGGAUCUCGACAAGAUCAACUCUGGCCACUGCUCUAUUAAGUACCGAUGAAUUCGAUGAUGAUGAUGAUGAUUUCGAAGAUGAAUUUGAAGACGAUGAAAGCACCAUUCCUACCUACUGUCCAUUAAGGUAUCCGCCAUGUACACCGCCAACAAAGAAUUACAUAUACCCAGGUGGAUAUUCGAAACCUCCGAAUUUCUAUUCGGAACCAUUUCCGCAACAGAAUUGCUCGCGAACGGCCAGUCAGCAGCAUCAUCCACAUGCAGGAUCGCCUUCCCCUCACCAACAACCCCAUCAUCCUAUGCGUAUGACGAAUUUUGGGGGUUGGAAUAACGGUGGUCCACAUAGUCAUCCGAACGCGAACAAUUAUUAUGGACCACCUCCGCAUCACGAGCCGAGCAAUACGUAUUCGCAACAGACGAUACGCUGUGCUGAAAAUGGCAAAUCGUACCUGGAAUUAGGCAGUUCUAAUAGUUUUAAUGGUAGCAUUAAUGGUAGCGGUAACAACGGGAUAAAUAUAAGGCAUUCCAAAGGAUGCUGUGAUGGCCGAGGAAUGUGGUGCAAUAGUAAAAUCUGUUACAAGGAAGUCAGACUUAAAAUAAGAAACCUAUCGAUGUUCAAACUAUCGAGAUUUCGUCAAGUAUCCGAACAAUCGCUCUACAGGUCAGUGUUAAUAUGCAAUACUUUGAAGCAAAUCGACAAAGAAUUGGAAUCUGAAGGAAAAGAUUCUAUGAUGAAUGGUCCAAAUUUCAUGCCAACUCAACAACAAAUUAAUGCUCGACUGGCAAUGGAACCGAAUGAAAGCAUGAACCAAGGCUUCAAUCAGUCACACCUGCAUCCGCCACAUCUGCAAGCGCAUCCACAUGUUCCGCCACAAAGCCAAUACAGUAAUAACAGUAGCCCUAACGUUAAUGAUAACAGUAGAGAUUUCACGCCAAGUUUCAGUCAAAUGAACUCUCGCCUUCCCGCACUGGCAUUUAACACGUUGUGCAGCGGCAGUGAUUCAUUACAUCCUUACGAUCACCACCCUUUCCGAGAUUCACAGUCAGGCAGAGCGACGCCAUUUCCUUCACAAAUACCAGCCGAUAGCGAUUCUGGCUACGGCGAUGACGACAGUAAUCGCACGAUAAACUGGAGCUCGGUGUUGAGUUUAUCAUCGCAAUCCGCCCUGGAUCCAUUGAAUAAUAAUGAUCUCUUUUCAACGAUACCUGCCGCUACCUCAAUAUCGACGCCAUCGUCGUCGCCGCCCUCGUCAACGUCACCGCUAACAUGUUCCUCUUCAACGCCGCAAUCUACAACGUCCGCGACAACAACAACAAACGUUAGUGGAACGUUUUCAACACAGCCAUAUCCAAGUUCGGGUACCACAGUUACACCUAUUUCGCCAAUCAGCAUGGGCUCCUCACCAACAUCCACCUGGGAGUAUGACUUUUUCGACAUGGACCUUGGCAUCAGGUCAGAAUUCACGGAACUUUUACCCAGCUGUAAGAUGUCCUCCUCAUCAGCCGACGACCUAUUCAAGUCUGUAUCUCCUGCGCUGAACGCUGCCCGUUAUGUCCAUGAAAAUGAGUUAGACGCACCUGCACAUAUUAUGGUCGGUAGUUAGUAUAAUGCGAAAUAUUAGGCACUUCUUAAUUCUAAUUGCUCAGGUUGUGAAAUCUCAGAACGCUCCAAUAUUUGGAGUGAGAGAUUCAUCAUAUGUCUCUUUAAGAAACACUAAGAAGCGGAGGGAAAAUAUGACAAAUUGAUACAAAGUAUAAUAGGGACAUAAGAACUAUAACUGGAAAUCAAUUCAGAUGUCUACAAAGGUAUAUUUCAGUUUCUAUCUGGUAGAAAAACAUGCAAAAUUGUACUUUAAAGAUAUGAUUCAAGUAUUUUGCCUCUGCUGGAAAAGAAUGUUGCGGAUGGACAAAUGGUUCACUUCUUUUGUGAUUUGUAGUGAAACAGAUUCCCGCAUUUAGCCCAGAGAGCAGUACGGAUAGACAUGUACGUUUUUGAUUGUAACAAAGGAAUCGACCUAAGCUCAAUAUUUGGGAAGGGAGUUAUCAUGCAAUCGAGGUACAGAUAGAACAUGAAAUGUCGAUAAAUAGACAUGUUAGUUGUAUAUUUUUCGAAAGGCCGAAAUAUUUCGUGUUAAAACGGAAGAGGUGCGACUUACGUUCGCGUUUGCGAUAACGUCCUUUAAACAACUGUGGUAUUUAUUUUGUAUUUUAUUCUUAAUGCAAAACAUUGAAAUUUCUUUAUUUAAAAACCUGCCUAAAAGCCAGAAAAAUUAUUCUAUAGUAACUUAUUGUAUGUGUACAUAAAAUACUCGUUAAUUACGUUAUGAAAUAAACAAUUAUUUACUGAAGCUUUAUUUUUCACUAUGUUUUCUGACCGGAAUUUCGAUUUAAGCCACUCUUGCUGGAGCGGCUUAAAAUAACCCUUUGGCAUGUGAUAUAGGUAAUUUUUUGACGGGAUCGUUUAGUGUUGAAGUGAAAAAGUCAUAAUGAUUUGACCUAAACUCUUUCCUCAAAUGGUUGCUUGAAAGCUCAGUUACUUCUUUGCAGUAUUCGAAUCAUCAUCGAACUUUACUAAAAGCUGCAGGAAACCUUGUAAUGUUGCGUACAGCGCAAAAGGCACACCAGUAUGUGAACCGAUUGAAUGUUCAAUAAACAGAAAAUUUUAAUAAGAAUUAAAAGUAUGAAAGAUAUAAAUAAUGUAUAAAAUAUCAAAUAAAAUUAUAUAUAAAACAUUGUAAAACUAGUUAAAUUUUUGGAUGUAUAUAUUAAAUGUUUAAGGAAGACGAGAAAGCGGGCGAGUAAUUAAGGAAAUUAUUAUGAGAAAGUGUAAAAUCUAUAUAAGAAUUUUAGUAUUUUAUUGAAUAACAAGAUAUUUUGUUUAAAUUUAUAAACAAAAUUGAUGUAGAGCAAAGGGUAAAGCGAGAAAAUUGAAGUCUAGUCCUACAAAAUGCUGAUAAAUUGCCGACAGAAAACAAAACUUAAAGCAACCAGAGAAAAAGUAAGAACAAAGAAAAACAUUACAAUGCGAUGCGAAAUAAUUAAAUUGAGCGUUGAUCGCUAAAAUGAAGAAGUGAACACAGAAAAGUCUACACAUUAUAUUUUUAUAUAAUUUUAUUAUCUUUUAUUUUAAUUUUUAUUGAAAUAUUUUGAGAAAAACGAAAUUUAUUUAAAGCAUUAGUUUAAAAUCUUAAUUUUAGAAGGAGGUCAACAAGCAGAGUCAAAUUUCGUAACGUACAAUAGUCCACAAGAAUAAGACAACAAAGAAAACCCUAUUAUAUUCCAAGAUAAAUUUUACUCUUUACACUUCCGUGCCAUCGGUUUUAUUCUUUAAAGCAGAUAUUUAGUGAUCUUUUCAAUAAAUGGCUUUUUCGCAAAGUAAUGGAAAAUUGUGAAUGAAAUUCAAAACCCCAUGGAUUUUUCUAAUGUUUCUAAUGUUCAAUUAUUGUGUACAAUCAGGCGUAUAGUAAAAGGAGAAGCAACAUACUCAUGCAUCUCAUUCUUUUUUGAUAAAGAAAAUGUGAGAAGAACAACUAAUGAAAAUCUACAUAGACAAACAGAAAACAUGAAUUUGAUCUUAUGUUGAACUAUAUACAAAUAAAAUGAUAAAAAGUUGUUAUAUUUAAA